AAGAAGAAGAAGAACAAGAGAAAGAACAAGAACACGAACAAGAACAAGAACAAGAACAAGGACAAGGACAAGGACAAUGACAAGAACAAAAACAAGGACAAGGACAAGGACAAGGACAAGGACAAGGACAAGGACAAGGACAAGGACAAGGACAAGGACAAGGACAAGGACAAGGACAAGGACAGAGACAAGAACAAGGACAAGGACAAGGACAAGGACAAGGACAAGGACAAGGACAAGGACAAGGACAAGGACAAGGACAAGGACAAGGACAAGGACAAGGACAAGGACAAGGACAAGGACAAGGACAGAGACAAGGACAAGGACAAGGACAAGGACAAGGACAAGGACAAGGACAAUGACAAGGACAAGGACAAGGACAAGGACAAGGACAAGGACAAGGACAAGGACAAGGACAAGGACAAGGACAAUGACAAGAACAAAAACAAGGACAAGGACAAGGACAAGGACAAGGACAAGGACAAGGACAAGGACAAGGACAAGGACAAGGACAAGGACAAGGACAAGGACAAGGACAGAGACAAGAACAAGGACAAGGACAAGGACAAGGACAAGGACAAGGACAAGGACAAGGACAAGGACAAGAACAAGGACAAGGACAAGGACAAGGACAAGGACAAGGACAAGGACAAGGACAAGGACAAGGACAAGGACAAGGACAAGGACAAGGACAAGGACAGAGACAAGAACAAGGACAAGGACAAGGACAAGGACAAGGACAAGGACAAGGACAAGGACAAGGACAAGAACAAGGACAAGGACAAGGACAAGGACAAGGACAAGGACAAGGACAGAGACAAGGACAAGGACAAGGACAAGGACAAGGACAAGGACAAUGACAAGAACAAGAACAAGAACAAGAAGAGGUAA